AUGGACGACGUGAGUGACGUGGAGUCGGUCUUCCAGUGGGGCGAUGCACCUUAUGAAGAGCAGAAUGCGUCAGAGACCUGGGGCGAUGUGGAAAUGGCUUCAGGUCCUCCCGUGAAACAUACCUUUGUCCACUACAGCAUCGGCAAGCGCUGCCGCCGCCGCUGCCGCUCGGCGCCUCCCGGGUGCGGCACGGCGCCUCCUGGGUCCGCGGCUGCGGCCGUCCGCGCGGAGGAGAAGGUGGAGAAGCGUGUGGCGAUGGAUGGCAAGCUGUAUAGCUCAGCAGAGUUUGAGCAGUAUUAUGGUGAGGAUGGGAAGACAUUCUGGAGUCAGGCCAAAAGAGCUUGCUCCUAUUGUUCAACUUUUAAGUUGAUCCGAGAUGGCUUUUACAACUUCCCCGGCCUUGUGGCGACCUUUGGAGAAGAAGUUGCUCAAAACAUGUGGAAGUGGAAGAGGCCUGUGGACUUGGAGAGGCUGCGCUGGCGAAAACGCAAGGAGCUUUAUGACAAAGUCCCAUCCGUUUGCCGCCAUGUUGGUCGUUCCUGUCCGCUCGAGGUUUGCCAUCAACCACCUUGCGUGCACUUGAUGCAUGGCCUUUGCAACCGCCAUGGCUGCAGCCUUUGCCAUUGUCAGGGCCCGUGA